AAUGGCUGGAAAGAAGGAAGCGCCAGAGCACCCCGGUGCGAUCUUGGUGUGGGAAGACUUGACGGCGGUGGUGGCUAAUCCCGGCGGCCGGCAGUCGGCGAGGAAGCUGCUCCAAGGGCUCAGCGGCUAUGCCUUGCCAGGCCGCUUGUUGGCCAUCAUGGGUCCAUCUGGCUCCGGCAAAUCCACUCUUCUCGAUUCCUUAGCAGGGAGAUUGGGGAGAAAUGUUGUGUUGUCGGGAAGGGUGCUGCUCAAUGGGAAGAGACGGAGGACCGAUUACGGUGUUGUGGUACGCUUUAGUUCUUCUUGGUUCUGUUUUAUGAUUUCGUUAUUUUUAUGUUCUGUUAUGUUUGAUCUUGGUUUGGAUAUUAUGAAAUUCAGUAGUUUAGUAUUUGUCUGGAAACCUUAGUUAGCUUGGUUGCUUGUUGGAUGUUUUGUUCGCUGGAACUCUCCUGUAAAUCUAUAUUUUCAAAAUAUUGAGUGUUGAAUCCUGAUUUGUCGCUGAUCACACCCCAAUCAAUAUA